AUGGCUGCUGUCAACCUCCAAUCGCAGGCCCAUCGUGACCUCCUCGACAUCAUCGACAGGCUCCGUCUCGAGGGUAUAAGCCGCUAUGUCGACCUCCCAGAGAUCAUUGUCACCGGCGACCAAUCCGCGGGCAAAAGCUCGGUUCUAGAGGCCAUCUCCGGAAUGACCUUCCCCACCAAGGACAACUUGUGCACGCGGUUUGCAACCGAGCUGAUUCUGAGGCGGGCACCCCAUGUCGACGUCAAGGUGUCCAUCACGCCCGACUCGGAUCGCCCAAACCACGAGAAGGAGGAUCUCAAGAAGUUCCAACCGCCGCUAGAAACCUCGGGAUCGGGGCUUGGCUUCGUGAUUGAAGAAGCCAAGGAAGCCAUGGGUCUUAACGGAGGCAAAAAGAGUUUUAGCAACGACAUCCUGCGAGUCGAGUUGAGCGGACCAGAACAGCCGCAUCUCACAAUGGUUGAUCUCCCAGGGUUAUUCCAAGCCGGGAACAGCACGCAGUCUGACGAAGAUGCGGAGCUCGUCACUCGCAUGGUGAUUCGAUACAUGAGGCGACCCCGAAGCAUCAUCUUGGCUGUUGUGUCGGCCAAGAGCGACUUUGCGCUCCAAGCCGUCACCAGACACGCCCGAGAGCUGGACCCUGCGGGCUCCCGCACCCUCGGCCUCAUCACCAAGCCAGACACCCUAGACCGAGGCUCUGAGAGCGAGGCUGCCUAUGUGCAUCUUGCCCAGAACAAGGAUGUCAAGUUUCGACUGGGGUGGCACUUGCUCAAGAAUCGCGACUUUAACACGCGUGAGGCGACGACGACGGAGAGGGACGCCGCCGAGGAGGCCUUUUUCUCACAAAGCCCAUGGACAGUGAUCGACCCGUUACAUCUGGGGGUGGCAACACUGAGACCGCGCCUCAGCAAUGUCCUCAAGGACCAGAUCCUCGCUCAGCUACCCAGCCUGCUCAUGGACGUCUCCGAGGGCAUCAAAGACUGCAAGGCAAAGCUGGACAGACUUGGUGCUCCAAGGGGGACGGUCCACGAACAGCGUCGAUACCUAUUCCAGAUGAGCCAGUCUUACUCUCGACUCAUGAAGGCAGCAGUCGAUGGUAUCUACAGUAAUGCAUUCUUCGGGAGCGCAAAGACCGAGGAGGGAUAUCAGCGGCGACUGCGCGCCGUCGUGCAGAACACACUCAUUGCAUUUAGGGAUCGCAUGAACAAGGAAGGACACAGGCGCCGCAUCGUGGACUUUGAGAACGAAGGCCGCGAUUCUGACAACCCCCCGGAAGUACUGCGGUCCGAUUACGUGAAGGAGGUGCGGGACCUCAUCAGACGAAGCCGAGGACGUGAGCUUCCUGGAACAUUCGAUCCCAUGGUCAUCGGAGAAUUGUUCGCCGAGCAGUCUCAGCCGUGGCGCGGAAUCCUUCUGGAGUUGAAGGAUGAGACACUGAACGCGGUCUACCGGACGAGCACGGAGAUUCUCCAACAUGUCGCCGUGGAAGAAACGGCGCAGAACAUCUUGCGCGUUGUCAACUCUGGCAUUGAGGAACUGAAGCAGGAUCUCGAAGCAGCGUUCGAGCAGGUCCUGCACCCUUACCAGGCACUGCACCCCAUCACAUACAACCACUAUCUCACAGAGACCGUCAAGAAGAUCCAGCGCGAACGACGCGAGCAGCGUAUACGAGCACAUGUUAGGGCCAUCUACAGGGUCGAACUCCAGGGCAGCUGCAGGCUGGGGCUGGACAGCGACAAGCUGCUCGAGUUGCUGGCGUUGGAAGACAAGGAUGAGAUGGACUCGGAGCUUGUGGGCAGCACCACCGCCGUGGACUACAUGGAGGCGUAUUACAAGGUUGCGCUCAAGACAGUGGUAGACAAUGUCAGCACGCACGCCGUUGAGUGCCGUCUCAUCCAGAAGCUGCCAUCUAUCCUCGACACAGAAAAGAUACACGACAUGGGCGAUUUAGAGGUGACGCAGCUGGCGGCAGACAACGAGGCCAGCGUCCACGAGCGAAGCCGCACCAACGAGAAGCUUUCUGUGCUCGAGAAGGCACUGUCGGAGCUUAAGCAGCUCGAUGGGUUCCGCUCCAUCGUCGCAGAGGCGCAGAUACCGAGCAAGGUUAAUGGAGAGGCCACGAGGAGCUCGGCAGUGCCGCCGAGAAGCGAAAGUUUGCGUAGUGUUCGAGAAGAAGAGGCGGAGAGUCAAUCGUUGCAAUCGCCUGUCGCGGAGGAGUAUCUGGUCGAAAUCGCACCCGCGUACGCGCCCGAGCCCGAGCCUCCAGUUGAGACAUAUGAGGACGAGGUGCCGGUUGAGUAUCCGGCGAGAGAGCCAGACGAUUUUUUCUCCGGUCUCUCAUCGAGCAAAAAGAAGAAGAAGAAGGGGAUGAAGGUCUUCAUGACGCGCCGUGAUGUGCUCGACAGCCAGCACGAGCCCUUUGGCGACGCCUUCUACUACGGCCCCGAGUUCCUGAGCGACCGCUACAGGGACGACCCGGCCACCCGUGCUGCCCACCCCCAGUCAGACCAGACAUACAAGUCCAUCUUGGAUCAUUUUGCGGAGGUUGAAAAACAGGGCAAGCGCGUCUUCAUCAAGGACAUGGCAUACUACCUCUUCCCGCCUGAGGGCCAGCCCACAAAGAUUGCCGAGUCCCUCGGCGGCGGUGAAGAGCCCGGCAACCCGACUGUCAUUCCUCUUGACAUCCUGAGGAAAUUCCACUUCACCUUCCUCAUCCGCCACCCUCGCCGCUCCAUCCCCUCAUACUACCGCUGCGUGAUCCCGCCCCUCAACGAGAUCACCGGCUGGAACGACUUUAUGCCGAGCGAGACUGGCUACGAGGAGCUCGUCCGCCUCUUCGACUACCUCAUCGAGCAGGGCAUUGUCGACAAGGACCACCUUACAGUUCUCGAUGCCGAUGAUCUGCUCGACAAGCCCGAGGCCAUGAUCAAGCUCUACUGCGAGCGCACAGGCAUCGAGUUCGACCCCAAGAUGCUUGUCUGGGACCAGGAGGACAAGGAGCAUGCCGCCAAGCUGUUUGCCAAGUGGAACGGCUUCCACGACGACGUCCUCGGCACCGACCGGCUCAUGGCCAGGACGCACGCCCAGAAGACGUCUACUGUUGAGUCUGAGAACAAGGAGUGGACCGACAAGUACGGUCCCGAGGCGCAGAAGCUCAUCCGAGAGCUUGUCGACGCCAACAUCCCGCAUUAUGAUUACCUGAAGCAAUUUUGCCUGAAAGUUUGA